UAAAACCAUCAUUUAAUUUAUACGAGUUGGUAGUGGCUAUGUUUAGGCUGUUUUUUUUAAAUUGGUAGAGUAAUCCUAUAAACGAUCUGGCAACUUGUCUUCGUUUGAUUUUUUUUGUUUUUACCCACGCUUUCGCAUGUAACACGUGCAUCGCAUUGGUUUAGUUUUCGCGGCGAUUAAGUUUCGAGUCGUAGAAUACCAACUUACAAGUUAGACGUGAAUGAGAAGGACUUUUAUAUUUUGAUCCAAGAUGUUAGUUUUGUUUGAAUCUCCGGCAGGAUAUGCAAUAUUUAAGUUGGUAAAUGAGAAGAAACUACAAGAAACUGAGAAUCUAUUUUUAGAUUUUGAAACUCCUGAAAAAGCAAGUAAAAUCAUUAAAUUGAAACAUUUUGAGAAAUUUAAUGAUUAUGCAGAUGCCGCAGCAGCUGUUUCUGCCUUAAUAGAAGGCAAGAUGAGUAAACAGUUGAAGAAAAUGUUGAAAAAAGUUGUAGUGAAAGAAGCUCAAGAGCAACUAGCUGUGGCAGAUACUAAACUAGGAGGAAUCAUAAAGGAUAAGUUGCAUAUAAACUGUGUUUCAAAUACCAAUGUUCAAGAAUUAAUGAGAUGUAUUAGAUCACAAAUGGAUAGUUUAAUUUCUGGUAUACCAAGUAGUGAAAUGGCAAAAAUGACAUUAGGUCUUGCUCACAGCUUGGCUCGAUACAAAUUGAAAUUCAGUCCCGAUAAAGUUGACACAAUGAUCAUUCAAGCUAUUUCUCUUUUGGAUGACCUUGACAAGGAACUUAAUAAUUAUAUUAUGAGAUGUAAGGAAUGGUAUGGUUGGCAUUUUCCAGAAUUGUCAAAAAUUAUUACAGAUAAUACAGUUUACGUUCUAGCCGUUAAAGCUAUAGGUUUGAGAACUAAUGCUGCAGGGUGUGACCUCUCAGAUAUUCUCAGCUCAGAUCUUGAACAGAAAGUCAAAGAGAUGGCUGAAAUAUCUAUGGGAACAGAAAUUUCAGAUGAUGAUAUGAAGAAUAUAAUUCAUCUGUGCAAUGAGAUUCAAGAAAUGCAGACGUACAGAAGUCAGUUGUAUGAAUAUCUAAAGAAUCGAAUGAUGGCAAUUGCUCCAAAUUUGACUGUUUUGGUAGGAGAAAUAGUAGGAGCUAGAUUAAUAGCUCAUGCUGGAUCAUUAAUAAAUUUGGCAAAACAUCCUGCUUCCACUGUUCAAAUUCUUGGGGCUGAAAAAGCCCUCUUUAGAGCUUUGAAAACUAAACACGAUACUCCAAAAUAUGGUUUAAUUUAUCAUGCCCAAUUGGUUGGUCAAACCAAUACUAAACUUAAAGGAAAGAUGUCAAGAAUGUUGGCAGCAAAAUCUUCAUUAGCUUGCAGGGUUGAUGCUCUUGGUGAAGACAUUAGUUUCGAGUUAGGUGCAGAACAUAAAGCCAAACUUGAAGCCAGAUUAAGACUUUUGGAGGAAGGAGGAGUAAGACAGAUCAGUGGUUCUGGUAAAGCACGUGCCAAAUGGGAGAAAUACGAGAAUAAAAGUCAAGUCUUUCAAUAUGAUGUUUCGCAAGAUUCAACUUUACCAUCUCAGUCAAAAAAAAGAAAGCUUGAUGAUAGUGGAACAGGUGCUUCACCAUUUGUAAAGAAAAUAAAAAUUGAGGACUGUGAAUCUAAAGAAACUAAACCUACCAAAAAAAAGAAGCAGCUUAUUGAAGAAAUAAAAAGUGAAGUUGUUUCUGAAGAGGGUAGGAAAUUAUUUAUUACAAUAGAAUCUCAGGUUUUUUUUCCCGCAAGUUGCAUGCUGAUAUUGUGCCAUUUUUCAUCUAUUCAAGAAAGCACACUAUUCAAAAUCAAAUUUUAUUUGGAAAUAACCAAAACAAAUUUUUAAAAACAUAAUUAGAUA